UACGAUGCUAGCUAAAUCUAGUUAGCUGGAAUCUAGUCUAUUAUUAUUACAAGAAAAUUAUUUUAUACCGUUUUACUGGAUAAAGGGAAUAAAAUUUCAGGAUAGCAGGCAUGUCCAUGUCCCACUUGUAUGGACGUAGAGGUGAUGAAGAGGAGGACGGGGUGGAGAUAGAGAGCUUUGAGGUGACAGAUUGGGACCUGGCCAAUGAGUUCAACCCAGACCGUCGCAGACACAGACAGACCAAGGAACAGGCCACUUAUGGCAUCUGGGCUGAGAGAGACUCAGACGAUGAUGAGAGGCCCAGUUUCGGAGGAAAAAAGUCCAAGGACUAUACUGCUCCAGUGAACUUUAUCAGUGCAGGUCUGCGUAAGACUGCAGCAGAUGAGAAACAGCAGCAGAAAGGUGAAGGAGGGUCUGAUGAUGACUCUGAUGAUGAAACUUCGGCCGCCCCUCCCCCUCAUCGCGCACCCAAGAAACUCCAGACAGGUGGAAAUUUCCGUGUGAGCCAGCCCCAGAGGUUUGCAGCUGGCAUCAGGGCAGGGCAGGACAUAGGUAGCUGGGAGAAGCACACAAAGGGGAUUGGACAGAAACUGCUGCAGAAGAUGGGCUACCAACCAGGCAAAGGCCUUGGCAAGAACGCUCAAGGAAUUAUAAACCCCAUUGAGGCAAAGGUUCGCAAGGGCAAGGGGGCAGUGGGUGCAUAUGGCAAUGAGAGAACCCCACAGAGUCUUCAGGACUUUCCCAUAGUUGACUCAGAAGAGGAAGAGGAAAAGGAGUUCCAGAAUGAGCUAGGCCAGUGGCGUAAGGAUCCUGGCGGUCCCGCAGCGAAGAAGAAGCCCAAGUAUUCCUACAGAACAGUAGAGGAGCUGAAGGCUAAAGGCAAGCUGGCAGGACGGACUACACAAACCCCAGCUGGAGAGCUGGCCCAGGUUAAGGUGAUAGAUAUGACUGGGAAGGAACAGAAGGUGUAUUACAGUUACAGUCAGAUGACCAACAAGCACAGUGUUCCGGAUGAAGCACCGCCAAGCAUGUCUACGCGAGAUCAGAAGGCAUCUGGUUUUGCGCUCCCUGAACUGGAACACAACCUACAGUUACUGAUUGACUUAACAGAACAGGACAUAUUGCAGUCUGCCAGGCGUUUGCAGCAUGAGAGAGACGUAGUUGUAUCUCUGAGCCAUGAGUGUUCUGCCCUGCAAACCAGACUGGCAGCAGAGGAGGACACCAUCCAGAGAAUGGAGUCUGUACUUGAACUGGUGGAUCGCUUUCAGUCGGGGGAGACUGCACCUGGGGAGGGACCAAGCCUGCAGGAGUGUGCUCGGAUCUUUGAGACCUUACAGUCAGACUACUAUGAAGAAUAUAAGACUAUGGUUUUGGGAGACCUGGCUGUAGCUGUGGUUCAUCCUUUGCUCAAAGAGAAACUACGUACAUGGGAUCCUCUGAAGGAUAGUUCUUAUGGUCUGGAAGAGGUUGGUCAGUGGAGAGCGAUCCUUGAAUCUCGGCAACUCCACUCUAGUGCCCCAGAGGCAAAUAUGGAUCCUUACCACAGACUACUAUGGGAAGUGUGGAUCCCAGUGAUGCGGUCUUGUGUGUCAAGUUGGCAGCCUCGUAUGGUUGGGCCCAUGGUGGACUGUGUAGAAGUCUGGGCCCCACUGAUUCCCCUGUGGAUACUGGAUCAUCUGCUAGAGCAGCUCAUCUUACCUCGCCUACAGCGAGAGGUGGAUACCUGGAACCCUUUAACGGACACAGUGCCCAUCCAUUCCUGGCUUCAUCCUUGGCUCCCUCUUCUCCAAUCACGCCUAGAACCUCUUUAUCCACCCAUCCGAAGCAAACUUGCCAAUGCCCUACAGAGAUGGCAUCCAAGCGAUGGAUCUGCCCGCCUCAUUCUACAGCCAUGGAAAGAUGUUUUUUCCCCAGGAGCCUGGGAGGCUUUCAUGGUUAAAAAUAUUAUCCCAAAACUAGCUCUUUGUCUGGGGGAACUGGUUAUCAAUCCUCACCAGCAACAGAUGGAGCCCUUCCACUGGGUGAUGGACUGGGAGGGCAUGCUGUCCCCAUCUAGCCUCAUUUCCCUGCUGGACAAAAAUUUCUUUCCCAAGUGGUUGCAGGUCCUGUGUUCAUGGCUGAGCAACAGUCCCAACUAUGAAGAAAUUACAAAGUGGUACCUAGGUUGGAAGACCAUGUUCAGUGAUAUACUGUUAGCCCAACCACUCAUCAAGGACAAAUUCAACGAGGCACUGGACAUUAUGAACCGUGCAGUAUCUUCAGGCAUGGCUGGCUAUAUGCAGCCGGGUGCAAGGGAGAAUAUUGCAUAUCUCACACAGACGGAGAGACGAAAGGACUUCCAGUAUGAAGCACUGCAGGAGCGCAGGGAUGCUGAGAAUGUAGCACAGAGGGGCAUCAGUGCUGGCUUGCCCACCAACUUCAAAGACCUGAUCCAGACCAAGGCAGAGGAGAACAACAUUGUUUUCAUGCCUCUGGUGGCCAAACGCCAUGAGGGCAAACAGCUUUACACAUUUGGACGCAUUGUCAUCUACAUAGACAGAGGGGUAGUUUUUGUACAAGGAGAGAAAACCUGGGUCCCCACAUCCUUACAGAGUUUGAUAGAUAUGGCCAAGUGAGGAUAGAUUAAGAGAUAGGCAUGUCUUCUGUACAUGUGUGCCAAGGGUAAAAAUAGAGAUGAGUAGGAGAUUAGUGUGCAGUUUUGUAGGAAAUCGGUAACCUUCAACCAUUGUCAUAUUUGUCUUUUUAAUUGUAUGAAAUGUAACAAACUGCAAUUAAAAAAAUUUU